AUGCCGCACUUGAUUCAAAAUAAUAUCACAAACCUAGUUAUGGAUAAUGAUAUUUUGAACUUCUAUGAAAAUCGGCAUGUACUUGUUACCGGUGGUACAGGUUUUCUGGGAAAGUCUUUAUUGGAAAAGCUUUUACGUUGUUGCGAUACCCUGGAAAAGGUUUAUGUACUUUUGCGCAGAAAGAGAGGAGUCUGUGCCGAGCAGAGAUUUUGCAAAUUGAAGGAAAAUUUAGUAUUUGAUCGUAUACGGGAUAAAAAUCCAGAUAUACUAGAUAAAUUGGUUUUGAUAAAAGGCGACGUUACUUUACAAAAUUUAGGUUUGAGCGAAUCUGAUCGCAGCCUGAUAACCAGCAAAGUAAGUCUGAUCUUCCACGUGGCUGCCACAGUACGUUUUGAUGAAGGUUUAAAAGAUGCAAUAAGUCUAAAUACUUUAGGAACAAAACAGAUCAUGGACUUGGCGAUGAAUAUCAGAAAUCUGGCUAUGGUAGUCCACGUAUCAACAGCAUAUUGCUACCCAGGCCAUGCUAUUGUUGAAGAAACUGUAGGAACUCCAGAUAUUCAAUGGACUCAUUUAGUAGACAAUGUCAAAAACUGGUCAUCUGAUAUGCCAACGUCGAUCACAUCUAGAAUAUUGGGAAGACAUCCUAACACUUAUACCUUAAGCAAACAACUUGCAGAACAAGUUGUUUUGUCUUACAGUCAUCGAAUACCUGUUACAAUUGUUCGUCCAUCUAUUGUUACAGCAGCUAGGUCUGAACCUUUUCCUGGAUGGGUUGAUAAUAUAUCUGGCAUUACUGGAAUUAUGAUGGAAAUUGGACGCGGAACUAUUAGCAGUAUAUUUUGCGAUGAGAAUCUAAUAGUAGAUUUGGUACCUGUAGAUUUCGUGGCUGAUGUUCUAAUUUGUAGUGCUUGGGAAUCAGUAAAUAUUUGCAAUAAACGGAUAGAAUUCUCACCAAGGGUAUACAACUGCACAUCAGGAUCCAGUAACCCGAUCACCUGGAGACGCCUGGGUCAACUGACUGUCCAGUGCGCCCGUCGGAACCCCACCAGACACGCAGUCCUUUAUCCAGGCUUCAGUUACAGGUUGAGCAGAAUUCAGCACAGGCUUGUGGAAACACUUCUGCACAUGCUACCAGCAAUGGUUUUGGAUACAUUUCUCCGCAUCAGAGGCACAAAACCCAUUAAAGAAGGUUCUCAAUCCAUUCCCAGUAUGACCAAGAUAGCAAGGCGCUUUAAAACAGCAGCUAAGGCUGGUGAAUAUUUUGCAACAAAUCAAUGGGAAUUUCGUGAAAACAAUCUUCGAAGCUUGAAUUCAGCGGUUUCUAAGACACAAGAUGCUCCACGUUUCUUAACCGAUAUAUCCACAAUGGAUUGGCCAGCUUAUAUAGAAGUCUACAUGCUAGGAAUAAGAAAAUAUGUACUGCGAGAUGGAUUAGAAACUCUUCCUUAUGCUAGGCGAAAACUUCAUAGUUUGCAUUCUACUGCCUAA